AUGGAGAUGCGAAUAGUACAAUUUGGGAAGAGUUUUUUGGGUAUUGGAGAAGAAUACCAAAGACUAUGCAGAUGUGGAUUUGCUGGAGAAACAGGUCCACGAUGUAUAAUUCCUAGUGUGAUAAAAAAAGCUGGACUGCCUAAGCCUAUCAAGGUUGUUCAGUAUAAUAUCAAUACAGAAGAGUUAUAUUCUUAUCUAAAGGAAUUCAUCCACAUACUAUAUUUCAGGCAUCUGUUGGUGAACCCCCGAGACCGGCGAGUUGUGGUGAUUGAGUCAGUUUUAUGCCCUUCACACUUCAGAGAGACUCUCACUCGAGUUCUUUUCAAAUAUUUUGAGGUUCCAUCUGUCUUGCUAGCUCCAAGUCACCUCAUGGCUCUUCUGACGCUUGGAAUUAACUCUGCCAUGGUCCUGGAUUGUGGAUAUAGGGAAAGCCUGGUGUUGCCUAUAUACGAGGGGAUCCCAGUACUGAAUUGUUGGGGGGCUCUCCCCCUAGGAGGAAAAGCACUGCACAAAGAGUUGGAAACUCAGCUGUUGGAACAGUGCACGGUAGACACCAGCACUGCUAAAGCGCAGAGCCUUCCCUCGGUGAUGGGUUCAGUUCCAGAAGGUAUCUUAGAGGAUAUUAAAGUGCGCACUUGCUUUGUAAGUGAUCUGAAGCGUGGACUCAGCAUCCAAGCAGCAAACUUUAAUAUGGAUGGGAAUGACGAACGUCCCCCAGUGCCCCCAGAUGUCAGCUAUCCAUUAGAUGGGGAGAAGAUUUUACAUAUCCUGGGAUCAAUCAGAGACUCAGUUGUAGAAAUUCUUUUUGAACAAGAUAAUGAAGAGAAAUCAGUUGCCACGUUAAUACUGGAUUCCCUUCUGCAGUGCCCAAUAGACACCAGGAAACAGCUUGCGGAGAACUUGGUGGUCAUAGGUGGUACCUCUAUGUUGCCAGGAUUUCUUCACAGGUUGCUUGCAGAAAUAAGAUAUUUGGUAGAAAAACCAAAAUACCAAAAAGCACUUGGUACAAAGACAUUCCGGAUUCAUACUCCACCUGCAAAGGCUAAUUGUGUGGCCUGGUUGGGAGGGGCUAUUUUUGGAGCACUGCAAGAUAUACUUGGGAGCCGUUCCGUGUCAAAGGAAUAUUAUAACCAGACAGGCCGGAUCCCUGACUGGUGCUCCCUCAAUAAUCCACCUUUGGAAAUGAUGUUUGACGUUGGAAAAGCUCAGCCGCCUCUGAUGAAGAGAGCGUUUUCCACUGAGAAAUAGAAGUUUGGUUAAAUACAACUUUAUUUCACUUCAGAUACUUGCAAGGAGACUACACAGUGCGUAGGGUGCUUUACUGUAGGUAACUACAGUGGACGCCGAAGCUUCUCUGUUUAUUCUUUGCAUUAGAGUUUAAUUCAUGUGACCUUGCCUGUCUUGUACUGCGGUCUGUUGUAUUUACAGCCGUGAAGUAAAGCUAGCAGUGUAGUUUUGGAUGUUUGUUACGUAGUUGAGAUUUCACAAAGAACAAUAAGAUGCUGAGAUGCUUCUCCACCUUCCCACAGUGUGUCCUGGGCCUGAGAUGCCGAGUGUGACUAUCUUCUGCAGUGGUUACAUUUAAUGAGUCAGUGACAUUAACCAUGAUAAAUUAUUUCAGGUACUGGCAUGGACCCAUUUUAACCCUUUCUUUGGUACUUCUGUACCCACAGCUAUGUCAGUGCUGCUUUUCUAGAAACGCGCUCCAUCCUGUGGACUGACUGU